AUGGCGGACUUCUUCUUCGGGAGCCCGUUCCGCCGCCUCUUCCACGCGCGCCCCUUCUUCCCCGCCGUCGAGUGGUCCUCCGGCGCGGCGGCGGCGGCCAUGGACUGGGUGGAGACCCCGGCCUCCCACGUGCUCCGCGUCAACGUGCCGGGCCUCGGCAAGGACGACGUCAAGGUCCAGGUCGAGGAGGGCAACGUGCUCACCAUCAGGGGCGCCCCGCCCCCGCCCGCGGCCAAGGACAAGGGGAAGCACGAGGACGAGGAGGGGGCGGUGUGGCACGUGGCGGAGCGCGGCAAGCCGGAGUUCGCGCGGGCCGUGGCGCUGCCGGAGAACGUGCGCGUGGACAGGAUCAGGGCCGGCGUGGAGAACGGGGUGCUCACCGUCGUGGUGCCCAAGGAGGCCGCCCCGGCCCGGCCCAAGCCCAGGCCCAUCGCCGUCUCCAGCAAGCUCUGA